CUUCGUUGGUUGUCGGCUGCCCAUAAUGGGUCUUUGUGCGAGUAAACGUGAUAAAUAUGAACCAGGUGGAGGAUACGAGCCCAGGCCAAAACAAAAUGGACAUCCAGUACAAACCAUUGAACUAACGAGCGUCAGAGGGCCAAACUUGAAUCAUCAACCCAUCAACCCUUCCCUCCCCAGCAGCAGCAAGGUUGCAUUUCCUCAGCCCGUUACCAGACAACCGUACGAACGAGGCCGGUUCCAGAGUCUCGCUGCCCCUCCCAUCAUCAAUCGGCCGGAUGCCACCAUACCUCCGAGAGGGAGGUACAAAACGAUGGUGUAAUUCUCGCAUAGCAGAAGCGCAACAUCUACCCAUUACCCUUUGCAUUCAUCAGUCAGCCUAUGUAUGAUAUUUAAUCGACAGUUACAUGGGGGAAGAUUCAUUUCGAAAGAUUUGAAUCAUCACACUAAUUGUGACACGUCCACCCCAUCGAAAUUCACAUAAACCACUUCCCCGCCCUUGCCACCCACUGAAACCCUCCUCCCCGUUUGCAUAACCUCCGAAAUAGGCUCGAAAUCAUCUGGUAGCCAGCAAAGAUACGCUAGGCCAUUUUCCAAUAAUGUG